ACUUCUUACUGUCUGUGCUGGAGAGAUAAGGAAGCGCUAUGAAAUAACAGAGACAGCAGCAGAGACGCUCCACCAUGGUUCAGUGGCAGAUCUGCACUCUGGAGCACCUGAUGAAUUCAGGGUUUGGCCGUCCUUUUCCACGACACGGCCUUCAGCUCCUGUUUUGGUUUGCGAACCAGUGUGUGACCUGUGAACCCAUUAACUUUGUGGUCAUCAUGAAGCUGGUGUCAGAUUGUCAACCAGAGAACGGUUGCUACGGCUUCCACCUGUUUGGCAACGUUGAGGAGCUUUUGCCAGUGCUGAAGAAGCGCAAGGGUAAAACAAAGGUUGUGUACUAUGAAGUUGGCAACCUGAACACAGAAACCUACCCAGCUUCUGCAAACCUCCCCGCAUAUGUGAGGGAAAAUUAUGGGUUGUAUGGUGAUUACAAUAUAGACCGGAUCAUCAUCGGUUACCAGGUGAAGACCAGGGUGGUGGAGACGGUGUAUGUCACAGAGCAUGACGGAGCUGCCUUUGGGAGGUUCAACACUGACAGGACAUACGAAGUCAGCCCUGAACUCAUCCAAGUCCUGCAGAACCUGCAGCUUGAUCUCACCACCUUUCUCACCCAGACAGGCUACUGGGGAGACAUGCAGGUGGUCCAGGCUGACAAUAUGGGGGAGAUACGCUACCCAGACCCUUCAGUCCAGGAAAUCUUCGACUUAAUGCAGAACUACAGUGGAUCUGUAGCAAGAGCAGUACAUGAUGACUUAAGUUUCUUCUCAGAAACCUUUAACCUGCAACUGGAUGUAAACAUGGAGCCCUUCAGCUAUGACCAGUAUGGGAACCGCAUGGUCAACGUAACCUCAAACAACAGCAGAGUUGUGGCUGGCUACAGUGAAGUGCAACGGAAAUACAGGAAGCCUAAAGCCAAAAAGAAACCAAGAGUCUAUGAUGACAGUUAUUGGCUGUCUGCGUUGGGGCCGCCUAAAGGGCAACGUGCAUUCAGCUAUUACUCCCGUUUUGAUGAAGAAGACAGGAGAUGGAACAGAGGUGGUGGUGGUGGUGGUGGUGGUGGCAUCAGCUUCAUGAAGAUUCUCCUUGGUGCUGGUGCACUCUACUUGGCAGCCAAAUGUUUCAGCUGGCUGAGGAGCUUGUGGGAGGAGGACUUAAAUGAGUACAUCAUCAAGAAGAUACCAACUUAUCAACAUCAUGUCAUGCUGGAUUAUGUGUACUAAGAUUUUAGGGCAAUGGAUGUCUUUUUGGUCAAACAUGAAGACUCCAUACAACAGUUGUCAAAUGAAUCUAAAACAAGUGUGAAUUCACAAUAGCUGCAACCUUGAUGCCAAAUGUACGUUACAUUUGGACAUUUCAUACGAAUUAUAUCAGUGUUUCUAAAGUGACGUAGGAUAUGAGCUGGACAGUGGAUGGCAUGACAUCUAGACAAGAUGGCUGCCAAGCUGCAGCCCACUGUUCAAGACCAACAGACAACAACACUGGUUGUUUUUAGCAUUUCCAGUGGCGUUUGUGGCACUGAACUUUGGUGUUUUUAACUGACCCGUCCCUUCUUUUCCAGCAGCUUUUGUGCCACCAAAUGAAGGUGUUUUAAGUCAAAAUAUGAUCUUUUCCAAACUAUUACCAAGUGGUUUUUGUGCAUAAA